AUGUGGAAGAUCCAGGAUGUGGACAAGCUGGAGAAGUGGGCCCAGGUGAACCUUCUGAGGUUCACCUCAGGGAGAAGAGAGAAAAGCAAGGGCUGUGAGGAAGGGAAGAAGCUGCUGGUGCAGUUGUGCGAAGAAAAGCUGCGCCAGAGGAGUGAGCAGCUCCCCCGCCUGCGCGAGGCACUGAGGGAGGAUGUCCGUGCCCUGGGCACUUUCCAGAAGAACAAGAAGCUCAGCAGCUCCCAGGCCUGUGGAGCGCAGAAGCACCUGGACGUGGCUUUUGCCAGGAAGACGGUGGAGGUCCAGGAGAAGCUCCAGGCUGCAACCCAUGCCCAGGUGAGGAGAAGUGAUGUGCUGCUGCAUCAGGUGAGGGAGCGGAGCCGGGUCCGGGACGAGCUACAGAGGCGGCUGCAGCAGCUGCAGGACGCUGCCAGGGAGGACAAGUGGCACCAGAAGCAGGUGCAGAGCCUUCACCAUCUGGGAGAGCAGCUGGAGAAGGUGCACAGUGAAGUUGCUGCAGCACAGGAGAUGACCACCCGGUACCUGUCAGUUCGGGAUGCCCUGAAGAAGGAGUUGGCCCACCUGCCCCUUCACCUGGACCUUCUGUGUGAGGUGGACAAGCUGUACUGGGGGGAGCUGCAAGACCUGGAGCUCACGGAAUUGGAAGCCCGCAGAGCUGCAGAUAUAGCUAAGGGGAACUUGGCUGAUCUGGAGGCCUGGCUCCUUGCGGAGAGCGAGCUCAGGAACCGCUCCCUGGCAGCCCAGAAGGUGCCAGUCAGCAAAGAGUGGCUCAAGGAAGGAAGGGAAAAGCAGCAGACAAGGCUCGCCAUGGGCUUCCCAACCCUGCCAGCGCAGGACUUGCUGGAGGCAGCCAAACUGGAGGCCAUCAAGAUCCAGAAGGAGCGCCAGGCCAGAUGCACUGAGAAGAUGGAGAGGGCCAAGGCUGCGCUGCAGUGCUCCCGCCUCUGGGACAUCCCCAGUGAGCUCCUGGCACGGCAGAAGUCCUCAGAGGACCCAGAGCAUUCCAUCAAGGAGUUGAAGAGAAAGCAGCAGAAGCUGGAAGAGACCGUGAGAGAGCUGGAGCUGAGGAAGGCAGAGCUGAUGUUUGGCCAGCCCCCUGACACAAUUGGCUGCAGGGGCCUGGAGGAGGAGCUGCGGAGGAACCUGCAGCAGGAAGAGGCUCGGCUGGAGCAGAUGCAAGCCCGGCUGCUGCGUGACCAGGAGGUCCGGCUGCAGUUUGAGAGCAGCGCUGACAGCCUCUUGGCUCGUCUGCGUGGCAUCACCGUGCCCGGCCAGGACAGCCUUGCCAAGGCCAUGGGGGUGGAGGAGAAGCUCCAGCACACUGGGCAGAAGCUGAAGCACCUGGGGCAGCAGGUGGCUGCCUUGCCACCCCAAAUCCCUGAUGAGGACAGCAAGACUUUUCGGAAGGUCCGGAGCUGGCUGGAAAAUGCAGCUGCAAAUGAUCCAGCGAACCGGAAGGUUCUCUUGGAGGACACAGUCAGUAGGGUCCAAGACCCUACUGACAGUGUGGAGGACCCAGACUCUGACCUUGUCCUCAGCCGGGAAGCCAUCAAGAAGCAGGGUCUGAAGCUGAUGGAAAGAAAGAUAAAAAGCAGCAAGAAGUAG